UUCUCGCUUCGCUCCCGUUCAGAUGAGUUGUAACGUCAACGUAGGCGCCAGUUGGAGCAGCACUCCAACCUCUGCCGAGAUCGAGAUCGUCGCGGAGCAGCAGCGCAGGGCUCGCGAUGCCGAACGCAAACGCCUGCGCAGGCAAGGUGACCCCGAACUCCGGGCCAGGGAAGCGCAAGCGAAACGGCAACGUCUGGCUGCAAACCCCGAGGUCCAGAACGCCGACGUCGAAGCCAAGCGUCAGCGUCGAGCUACCGCUUCCGCUACAGAGAGACAACGCGAGUCUGCGGCGAGGGCAGCGAGGCGUUCGAGACAACUGCAACGACCGGGAACCGACGGAGCGACCACACGAUUCAAGCUAGACAUCCUCGACCGGAGCUUCGGACACAGCUGCAACGUGUGCGACCGACUUUGGUUCGACAACAACCUGAGCAAGGUCGGUAGCAUCCAGAAUUAACAACAUCGUAACGCCGCCGUUGGUGUGCUGCAAAGAGAGUUUGCUGCUGACUGCGGCAAAGUCUUGCAGUUCAACGUGUGCUCCACGUACAAGGAAGCGUUGAUAUCGGGCAAGGUUCGAGCGAAGAGCGUGGCCCACGGCUACCGCUACUCACCGAUGCCUGAACACCUACACGAGCUGAGUGUGGUCGAAGAGCGGAUCAUCGCGCCUCGCCUACCGUUCAUGAGCAUUCGACGCCUGACGCACGGCAACGGCCAAUACGCAACCAAGGGCCAGGUAGUGAACGUGCCCACCGAUGUGCAGGAAACCGUGCAGUGACUGCCCAGAAACGUACCCGACGACGCAGCCAUCGACGUCCACAUCAAGAGAAGACUCGUGAGCAAGGCCUCGUACAGGCGCGGCCUCGUCAAGAAGAGCACCGUGCACGCGUGGCUGAAACACCUAGAGCGACGUCCCCUCUACGGGCACCUGAACAUCAAGAUCGACUGGAGCCGUCUGUCUCAGUUCGACGACGA